AUGGAUAUCGUUUGUGAUUCCAGUUCGAGGUUGUUGUAUGCAGCAUUCCAAUUCGAGGCGGGGUUCCAAUUUGGUAUGGCGAUAAGCACCUUCCUCCUUCUCCUUCUCCUUCUGCAGCGGGUCAGAUUAGGGUUGAGGGAGGGAAGAAUGGCCGUGAAUCGAUUCAAGUUGUGCAUCGCUGUUCUCACACACCUUUGUGGGAGACAAGGUCAGGUGGGAGAACUGGGGCCACGAAAGUUAGGGUUUGAAAUUAUUACCCACCUCGGGCCAAACAAACCCCGCCUUGAAUCUGGGGCAACAACAAUCCAAGAGAUCCCAACCUUCGAUUCUGGAACUUAUCUGGGACAAACGUGGCAAAAUGUGAUGAAAUUCGAAAAGUCCGAAGAGGAAAGGAGAUGGACGUUCCCGGACAGCGAUAUUGCCGCAAUCGCCGAUCAUUUCGACGUGUCGUUCGGGCAAUGUUUGAUUCACCCCGACUUGCCCGUGAUUACUUUUGCUAUAAAACAGAGCAUUUUUGCUCUUGUUGCCAGUUCGAGUCCAGUCGAGUCAUCUGGCGGUAGUCUAUCUGUCAUACUCCUUUGCCGAGCAAGUCUUCCGAGGGAGCACCGAUUGGUCCACCGUAAUAUACAGGUUGAAGUUAUUGGUCCCCUUUCAGUAUGGAUCUCGACACGAAUUGGUGCCCAGUCUGUGGUUCACCGCUUGAUCGUUCCGGAAAGAAUAACACUUCCCGAUAUCGAGUCACCCGCAGAGCCCGUAAAAACCAUUAAACCCCCCAAACGAAAACCCGCCCACUUCAGACAAAACUCACGCUCCAAGCCUACCGGAAUUGACCUUAUGGCGAAUAACAACAAGAGCGACGUCAAAACGCGAACAGUAGUUUCACAAGCCCCCUCGGCACUAUACUGUUCUACUCAAUGCAGGGAAAAAGACCAACGGUCAUCGGAGAAGUUUAAAUGGAGUUUGGAGACGAUGUACUCUGCGGGAGGAUCCACUGGCCCGGCAAGCCCUCUUUUCGUGAGCGGUAGCGAGUCGGAGGAAUGGGUGGAACGGAGGUUGAGUGCUGGGACGACGACUAGUUCAAGCGGAGACGAGAGCAACGACAAGGCGGCGCUCUACGCCGGGUAUCCGCUUACCUUUCAACGGAGGGACGAUGAGAGGAGCAGAAAGGGGAGUUGGACUAGUUUGAAGGACCUUGGUGCGCCUGGAACGCCUCGAAAUUCAAGCCCGGUACCUCAAAGCGCGUCUUCGGAACCCCAAAAUACCACAUAUUCGCUUCAGAACUCUUCCAUAUCCCCUCAGCCAAUACAUAACCUUUACGCAGCGGACAUCACGCCCACACAAUCCCUCUAUUCCGUCUCUGCCCAGGGCCUACUCGUCCGUCCGGCUUUGCUCCGCGCCAAAACAGAACUCACAUCCCUUUCUCCGUUGGACGACGCGCCGAGGCUCUAUCAUCCUUCCAGCGUGCCCAUGUCGAGGAACGGCUCGGGGACCAGACCGUCCAGUAUCCGACACGCCUCGACGCCAUCGGCCCCAAACUCCCCAACAUACCGAAAAGUGACACCCUCCCAAUGCGAACCGAACCAAAUCUUCCGAUUCUAUCAAGUCAAAAAUUUCAUGCCGCUUUAUCCUGCACUAGUCAUGCCCCCUGCUCCUCAAACCAGGAUGGUAAAAAAAUGGGUUGUGGAGGAAGAGAGGCUUGUGGAGAGGGAGGUCGAAGAGGUCCAGGAACAAGGUGAACGAAAAAGGAUGUUUACAUUCAAUACCAAAAUGAGGUAG